CCAAUUUGAACCUCGUAGUUUCCCAUACACACGACUUAGCGACCGCCUAAAAUACACUUGGUAGCCACCUAAAAUCAACAUGGCGGACGAUGUGAGCGAGGAGCGACAAUCAAACACUGAAACAAAUCUUACGGAAAACAAUUCAGGUCAGAUUGGAUGGGUAACGUUCGACGAACCAGACAUAAAUGAACCGCAGUGUCUCAAAAGUGUGGAUCGUGAGCAAAUCUGUCCGCAAAGGGGACAAUAUAUUGCACGGUUAGAGAGAGAGCUUCAGAGACUGCAAGAUAAGAAAAGAAAACCUCUUUCAUCCAAAGAAAUGAUAAAAACUUUACAAGAAGCCAAAGAUACUCAUAUGAAACACUUAAUGGACAGUUCUGAACAAUCAGAGGCAUUUUUGACAGAUGAAGGUGAAAGAAAUGACAACUCUUGUUGCUUUCCUAUGUAUAGAGCAGUGUUUCCUAAACAACCACUGAACAAUGAAGAACUAGAGUGCUUAGUUGGAGAUAAAGAGGAUAAUGAUCCUGAUAGAACAACCACUGAACAAUGAAGAACUAGAGUGCUUGCUUGGAGAUAAAGAGGAUAAUGAUCCUGAUAGAACAACCACUGAACAAUGAAGAACUAGAGUGCUUGGUUGGAGAUAAAGAGGAUAAUGAUCCUGAUAGAACAACUAGGGAAGCAUGGAAGACACGAUAGUAACACACACCAGACAGUUUUUGGGUGAAAAAGUUGAGCUUCCAACAAAAUGACCAGACCUACCUUUCACUGCAUUGGAGAUAAGAAAGUGAGGCUGUUAGCAAUGACAUUUUACUCUUGGAAUGGUCUCAUUUGAGUGACAUGAGACCAAAAUCAAAGGAAUGAUAAUCAUAAUAAUAAUACAAUGAUAAUUAUAGUAAUAAUAAC